AUGGCGAUUGAAGGUGAUCAAGUCAAUGCCUCUACCACUCCAACUCGUAUUGCUAUAGCUACGACCUCAGAGAAUGGCAAUUUUGUGGCCAGCUCCUCAUUUCCUGCUGACGAUCACAACCAUCCUCUGUACCUACAGCCUACUGACACACCAGGUAGUUCUCUGAUCUCUCUUCAGCUUACUGGAUCUGAUAACUACGCCUUGUGGAGUCAUGCAAUGCGAAUUGGCUUAUUAGGUAAAGGCAAGUUAGGUUUUGUUGAUGGUAGGUUUCCUAAGUCUAGGUUUGAACCUGAACUUCAUGAUUUGUGGGAGAAAGUGAAUGCUAUCGUUUUGUCAUGGAUAAUGAAUGCUGUGAGACCAAGUUUGUUGAGUAGUGUCUUAUAUGCAUCUAGUGCUCAUAAAGUAUGGAAAGAUCUAAAGGAGAGAUUUGACAAAGUUAACGGGUCCAGAAUUCUGUACCUACAUAGAGAAGUUCACACCUUAGUUCAGGAAGUUAUGACAGUGACUGACUAUUUCUCAAAACUAAGAGAACUUUGGGAUGAAUUUGAUGCUCUUAUGCCAUGUCCUGGUUGUCCUUGUCCUGAAUCAAAGAUGUAUGCACAACAUUUUGAGUAUCAAAGACUGCUUCAGUUUCUUACUGGACUGAAUGAGUCCUACUCUCAGUCAAGAAGCCAAAUUAUGAUGAUGUCUCCUCUCCCUAGUAUAAACAGAGCAUACUCUAUGUUAGUUGAUCAGGAAAGUCAGAGAAAUCUUGCUAAUAUGCCACAAGUAGCCCAAGUUUCUGAAGCUCUAAAGAAUUUAGCCAUGUACAGUAACAAAGGGACAAAUAGCACUGGAGGCUACAAACAGAAAAGGAAUCAAGUUCAAUGUGAAUAUUGUCAUUACAAGGGACAUAGCAAGGAAAACUGUUAUAAGUUGAUUGGAUAUCCUCCUAAUUUCAAGUCCAGGAAGAAAGGUGUUAAUGGUGGACAGUAUGCUAAUCAGGUGUACAGCCCAGAACUGAACUAUGCAGACAGAUAUGGUAUGGGAAAUAAUGUAGCUUCUAAUGUGGUUCAACAAGGUAGAGUUGGUAGUCAGUCUAAUGCAGGUGUCUCACAAACACAGCCAGCUAGUCAGCGUGCAUUCUGUCAGCAAAUGCCACUGUCUACUCCUGUUUUCACCCCUGAACAGUAUCAGCAAAUAGUUCACCUAUUAUCCAAGGGAAGCACAGAAGGAUCAGAAGCUUUAAACAAGUCAACAGCUGCAGGUAUUCUAAACAAAGUGAAUGCAUUUAUGUCUCAUUGUGUUAAUGACAAUUGGAUUGUUGACACUGGGGCAUCAAAUCAUAUGACUUCCAGCCUUGAAAUACUACAUGAUUAUAAAGCACUCCCAAACACAGAAGAAAACAAAGUACAAUUACCUACUGGUAGUGUGGCAUCAGUGUCACACACAGGAAAUGCCUCUGUAUUGAACAACCAUGAAAUCUCUAAUGUCCUGACCUCUUUAGUGGUCAGCCAACAAAUAAAUGUGCCAACACAACAAAUGAAGUCCCAUGCUGUCUCGGCAAAUGAUGAAUCUAGUUCUUUACCUGCUUCCAGUAUUUCAUCUAGAACACAUGUCUCUAGUAUUUGUAGUUUGUGGCAUAAGAGACCUGGACAUGCUCCUAUAGAUGUAAUAAGGAAGAUAGAAGCAUUGAAUGGUCUGACAACAGGAGCUCUUAGUCAGCCCUGUACU